AUGAGCACAAAAUUGCGGAUUGCUGUUGGACAGAUGUGUUCAUCCUCAAACGUUAGGAUGAACUCACGUGUUGUUUGCAAGUUGAUCGAUCGUGCUGUUGAACGAAAGGCGAAAGUACUUUUUCUUCCGGAGGCAUCGGACUACAUCUCCAGAGACGCUGCACACUCUGUAAGUUUAGCUAAGCAAACAAAAGCAGAUUUCAUUAAUAUUAUACAGAAAAAGUUACAGUCUGUCUUAUCAAAGCAAUCUCUGGGUGCGCUUUGCGUGGCUGUUGGGGUUCACGAGCCAACUAAGGGAGUCAAUAAAGAUACAAAAGUUCAAAAUAAUCAAUUAUGGAUAUCUGAGCUGGGAGUUAUUGAGCAAAGGUACCAAAAAAUUCAUUUAUUCGAUAUCAACAUUCCCAAUGGUCCGAUUUUUCAGGAGUCAAGGUCAGUAGAGGCGGGUAAUAAGAUUUUGUGUCCCUUCCCAAUUAGCGACAACGCUCCUGGAUUCAAAGUAGGAUUUUCCAUUUGCUACGACAUUCGCUUCCCUGAAUUAGCCGCACGACUCAGACAAAUGGGGGCUAAUAUUCUCACUUAUCCUUCAGCGUUCACGACAAAAACAGGUGAGGCGCAUUGGUUAGAACUAGGACGCGCCCGUGCAAUUGACUCCCAAUGUUAUGUGGUUAUGGCCGCGCAAUGUGGCGAACAUGAUAUAUAUGCUGACAUCCUUGAAGGUAAAGAGAAGCUAGACAAUAAUCCUCAGGGAAACCGCACCAAGAGGGUCAGCUACGGCCAAUCAGUAAUCUUUGGGCCGUGGGGCGAUAUUUUGGCGAAAGGACCCACGUAUUUGGAGGCUGAAUGCAGUGAUGCCGUCGAUGCCGAAGGCGAUUACUAUGAAAUUUUUGAUGCAGAGAUUAAUUUGGAGAACUUAGAAAAGAUUCGAACUAACUUGCCUGUCUUUUCUCACAGGCGACCAGAUGUGUAUAGUAGUUGA